AAAAGACACACUACCUCACUUUCGCUCCACUGGACUAGUAAAAGGGGUCAUAGGUAGCAACCGGAUUCAGCCAGGCACUUGCCGAGUUGCCGCCCGUACGUCUCUUGCAAUCGCCACUAGCGCGCGCAGGAUGCGAUCCGGCGGCUGCGCCGUGCAGCAGGCACUGGCCGCGGAGGCGGCGGCCGUGGUGAGGCAGGCCGUGGCCCUGGCCCGGCGCCGCGGCCACGCGCAGGUGACCCCGCUCCACGUCGCCAGCGCCAUGCUCUCGGCGGCCGGCCUCCUCCGGGCCGCGUGCCUCCGUUCCCACUCCCACCCGCUCCAGUGCAAGGCCCUCGAGCUCUGCUUCAACGUAGCGCUCAACCGCCUCCCCACCGCCGGCCCCGCGGUCGCCAUGUUCCACCACCACGUCAGCGGACACGGCCACCACGCGCCAGUGCUGUCCAACGCGCUCGUCGCCGCGUUCAAGCGCGCGCAGGCUCACCAGCGCCGGGGCGCCGUGGAAGGCCAGCCGCAGCAGCAGCCCCAGCCGGUGCUCGCCGCCAAGGUCGAGCUCGAGCAGCUCAUCAUCUCCAUCCUCGACGACCCAAGCGUCAGCCGUGUCAUGCGCGAGGCCGGCUUCUCCAGCCCCCAAGUCAAAGCCAAUGUCGAGAAGGCCGUUGCGUCACCGGAACAUCACCCAAACACGGCAACAAGCCAUGCGAUGAGCUCUCCAAGCUCCGGCCACGCAAGGCGCCCCAACGCUACGGCUGAAGACGACGCCAUGCGCGUGCUCGACUGCAUGGCGAGUGGGAGCAAGCGGUGCGUGAUCGUCGUCGGCGAGAGCGCGACCACCGCGGAGGGAGUGGUGAAGGCAGUGAUGGACAAAGUGAGCAAAGGCGAGCUGCAGCACCGGCACGAGCGCCUCAAGAACUUACAGUUCGUGCCCCUCUCGGCCGCAUCCUUCCAGCGGAAGCCAAGGGAGGAGGUGGAGGCCAAGGCAAGCGACCUGCGCGCACUCGUGCGUCAGGGAUGCGCCGCCGGGAAGGGCGUCGUGCUCGUCCUGGAGGACCUCUCGUACUCCGCGGAAGCAUGGGCCGCCGCGUCGGAGAGGAGAAGGCGCGGCGUCCGUGACUAUGAGCACGGCCAGUGCUACUGCCCCGUGGAGCACGCCGUCAUGGAGGUGAGCAGCUUGGUGUCCGCCGGCGGCGGCGGCAGAAGCCUCGACAGAUUUUGGUUGCUAGGGUUCGGGAACAACCAGGCCUACAUGAAGUGCAGAGCAGGGCAGCCAUCUCUUGAGGCCGUCUGGGAGCUGCAUCCGGUCGUCGUGCCGGCGGACAGCGACCUAGCAUUAAGCCUCAGCUGCGCCAGUGAGGCCCAGCAAGCUAGUCAAGAAAUAUCAAGAACUGGGUGGCCCUUCGUUAAUGUCGCGGCAGCUGAGAGUGAAAUCACGGCGAUGCCUAGCCUACCGCCAUGGCUUCGCCGGUACCAGGAUCCAGAACAAACCAGACAGGAGAGCUGCAGCACCAGUUUGCAGCUGCAAGAUUGGAACCCCAAUUGCAAUGGAUCAGCCGCACAUCACACAUCCGAGCUCACAUUGAGCUUCUCUUCACCGGCUAUAACCUCUCCGGCCGCUUCCAUCUCGGGUUUCGCCCACAGCUAUAACUAUAACACCGACCUGAUGAUGAGUUCCAAGCCAUGGCAAUUCAAGCCGAUGCAACAUUGGCCGAGCCACCGGCAUGACGAACACCAGCCAUUGCAUGCAAACCCUAGUCCAGAAUCCUACUCGGUGUCCAACUCAUCCGACGGUGGCUCGACGGAACGGCCAAAAUUCACCGAGCUCACUGCAGAGAAUCUCAAAAUCCUUUGCACCACGCUCGAGAAUCAGGUCCCGCGUCACAAGGAUGUGGUUGCAGAUGUUGCGAGUGCCGUGCUCCACUGCCGGUCCGGCAUGACAAGGAGGAUGAGGUGGCACCAAGAAAAGCCGAAUGCAGCGACAUGGUUGUUGUUCAAUGGAAGGGACAGUGAUAGCAAGAAGGCAGUGGCUCAGGAGCUCGCAAGGCUCGUCUUUGGAUCCUACAAUGACUUGACCUCCAUUUCACUAGACGAGUUCACCCCGAUUCACUCUGGUGAGCUCAUCCUCAAGAGGCAAAGAUCACCAGACAAUGGGCAUGGCUAUGUUCAAGGGUUGUAUGAAGCGAUACUCGAAAACCCUCAUCGGGUGAUAAUGAUUGACGGUGUCGAGCAACUGGUUAAUGAUUCAGAGAUCAGUAUCAGGAAUGCGAUUGCAAAUGGAAGAAUUAGAGGUUGCAGUGGUCAUGAGAUCAGUUUGGAGGAUGCCAUCGUUGUACUGAGUUGUGAAGCACUCGAUUCAAGGUCUAGCGCUUCCUCCCCUCGGCUCAAGCAAAGGUUCAUUGAUAAUGGCAGUGAAGAGGGAAAUUGCAUGAACAUAGAGAAGGGGAUGGGGUCGUCUUGUUUUACCUUGGAUUUGAAUGCAUGCGCCGAGGAUGGAGACGCGGAUGAAGAGAGUAUUCUUGAUAAUGUGAGGAUCACUGAUAUUGUGGAUGGCGCAUUCUUGUUCCAAUUAAAGGAGGAUUUGUGACAUUUACCUUGCUUCAUUUGAUCAACAAAUUAGUCUUAGGUUUCUUAAUUAUUUACUUAUUUUUCUUUGUGUUUUUGCAUUUGCUCUAGUUUUCUAGCUAGUCUUGAAUCCUAAUCUCAUAAACCCUUGUGUAAAAUGUUAAUUCUAUGAUGAAUUGUCAAACGUCUUAGUAGAAA